CCAGACAGGAAGUCGGCCAGUACACGGCAAGGCCGCCUCUCGCCAGCAGUUGGCGCCCGCGCAACAGUGGGUUGCGCGCACGCCAAGCAUGGGCAUGAGCUCGAGCGGCAGUCAAGGGCACCAGCCCAUGCGUGCGCACUUGGGCACACACGCACCAGGAGGCACAGCAGGCGCAAGGCACGAUCAGACCUGCAUUCGGCCGAGCGCGCCACAGCCAGACAAGCCCAAGGGCAGCGCACGGGUCGGGCCCAACCAAGGACACAGCAGAGCAACCGAACCCGCCCACAUUGGGUCCGGACCAGCCAGCGCACGAGCGCCCGAAUGCCAAGGAUGGAAGGCUACGGUCAGCUCGACUCCGCACGCACCUGAGGACACAUGGCAACCAUCCGCCGACCAGGCGCCCAGCCAAAGAAGGAAGGCAACAGUCAGCCCGACCCCGCGCGCGCUAGCAGACACAUGGCAACCAUCCGCCGACCAGGCGCCCAGCCAAAGAAGGAAAGCCACGGUCAGCCCGACCCAGCGCGCGACCGAGGACACAUGGCAACCAUCCGCCGGCCAGGCGCCCGGCCAAAGAAGGAAAGCAACUGUCAGCCCAGCCCAGCGCGCGCCAAAGGACAAGUGGCAGCCAUCAACGCCCAAGCGCAAACAAGGAAAACUUUCAAAAGAUUGCGCCCGGCCAAACCCAGCAAGCAGGGACACUUGGCAGGCUGCCAAGCAUCAGCGCCGAGCCAAACCAGGGAAACGCACGCGCAGAAUCCAUGGAGGAGCCUGCAGGCUCUUCCAUGGCAAUCCAACCCGGGAUGACACGGGCGGCCAGGAUGCAACAGGCCGCCAGAUGAACGCGCGCAAGGAAGACACACCAGCAAUCCAAGGGAGCUCGAGCCAAAGCAGCAAGGCAUGGCAAACUAGGAAGCCUAUCUCGGCACAACAGGAAGCACAGCCAAACCGCCCAGCGCAGCAACCAAAUCAGGCUGCGCACGGGCAGAUGGCAGCAUCAGCAGGCGCCACAUGCACAAGCCAAGCCAGCAGCCAAUCCCGAGCGCCCAACACAUUUCAGCACAUGGCCUAGCCAAGGGCCAAGUUUGGUCAGGCCAUUGCGGCCGAAAAGGAAGCUCUUCAUCAUUUGAAUUUAGUCCAAAAAUAAGCCAAGGCAGUCGGCCAUUAAAAGGAGCCAUUAGGGCCCUUUGAGAGGUAUCUCUUAGACUUUGAUUUUCCAGCAUAAGUGUCAAGGGUUGUACCCCUUUGUAUUGUCGGCCGAAAGGCUUGGGCUAGGGCGGGGAACAUCAGCCCCCCUAGAUUGUUCUUAGGCAGUGCAAGGUCCCUUCCCGACCUUUGCCAAGAGUCCUUUGUAUUCCGUUGUUUAGUGGAAUGAAGUCAAGUUCCUUUCAACAUUGAGCCCCAUCAUUGAUUUCUUCCCACCGCCGGCAGCCCAAAGGCAAGCACACGGCGUGGUUCCACAGCAACAAGAAGGAAGAGCGAUACCCACCAGCAAGUCGGUCCCAAGGCAAUCCGCCAACACCAUCUUCAACCUUCGGACGCUUGGGCCGGGGAUCGGGACCACAACCCCCAGGUACCCAACAAGGGGACACCCUAACAUUCACGUGCAUCGUUUUAAGAUCUAAUGAUGGGAUCAUCAAUUCAGUUGAUUUAGAUUUUUAAUAGGAAUUCUUUUUAUUGAAAUAAAAGAAGACAUGAGGAAAAUUUUAAUCAUGGUUUUGUCUAUCCUUUUAAGUGGUACCUAGGAGUAAUACAAUGUGUUCCAUUACAUUUUAUCUCAUUCCUGAGGUGGCUUUUUGUUCCAAAGGCAUAGUUAUCAUAGCAAGAAUAUGGUGGUUGUCAUGGUUUGCAAUUGUCAUAUUGAUGUUUGUAUUUCUAUUUAUUGUAUGAUCUCAUGACAUAGCGUGCUUGGGUCCACAAACGUGCAAGGCGAAAUUUCCUGAUGCCAACAAACACUAAAGUCUAAAAGGAGCCAUAGGAAUUUUAAUGUGUCUAUCCGUAUAUUGACAACCUUAGUACUAAAUGGAUGGUACACAUUAUAGAUAGAUUAAUAUAGUAUACUAAUAAUUAAAAUGAUAAUAGUUAUGUCAAGUUAAAAGGGAUUUGCUUUAUAAUCGAUCUUUUCUAUGUACUUAUUUUAAAAAAGGUCUUCAACUUAAAACAUCAAAAUUUAUGUGACAUUUAUGAAAGUGAUUUUAAAGCAUGAUGGUUGUAAGCACCAAAAUGCCACUCUGUUAUAUCCCUAAACAUCUCUAGACUGGAGGUGAGAUCCAAUUCGUGGGUUUAGUGGAGGGUCUUUCUAGACAAGUUUCAUUCUGCUCCCAGGCAAACUGGAAGGCACUUGUGACCAUUUGAGGAUAUAAUAGGUACAAUAACAUUAAAAUUAUCUUGCAUCAUGAAAUGCUUAUUGAUUUACCAUAACUUAAUAAUAGAUCCCAUAAAAUACUUGCCACAAAAAAUGGUUAUAAAUAUUAUAUUUAAUUUUGUUUAAGGACUAAUAUGUCCCUUGCAAGCAUAGUGGUACAAAUAGGAUACAUAUGCUAUUAUGAGAUAAGCUUUAGGAUGAUAACAGAGAUGUGGGAUUUGUUCAAAAGAAAUUGUUGUAUGUAUUUCACCAACGCAUUUAAGACUGACAAUGAAAAAAAAACAAUUUUUGAAAACCAAAUCUGGUGAGAAAGAACUUAGUUUGUGCAUGAGGACAUGUGAAAGUCUGUUCGAUAAACUUUAUGCAUUAUGAAAUAAAUAAACCAUGUCUUCUAAUUGCAAAAAAAUCCAUUGCUUAAAUCUCCCAUGAUUCUCUUAGAAAUAAUUGUCAAUGCAACAGUUGAAACAUGCAAGUUGGGUGUGUUCGAAUAAUAAAUAAAAAAUAAACAUGAGCAUUUAUACCUUUCAGUCCCAAGUACUUGCAUCCAAGAUUUGAUUGUGGCUUUUGAAUGACAAAUGGAUCAAACAAAUUAAUCUAACAUUUAUUGAAGUAAAACCUAUGAUGUUCAAAGAAACAAAUACAAUGCAAGCAUUUCUUCUUUCUAUCAUUUUCUUCCUCAAAGUCAUUCUUUCAUAGCUGGUUGGCAAUUAACAGCCUUGUUAGCCAACAACAAAAGUAUACCAACUCUAAUUCUGUUUUCAUAGGUGUCUUGUGCUUGUAGAAAGUAAGUAAUUGUUGGUUGGACAUGGUGAAAAAAAAAAACAGAUGGAGAGGUAGGUGUCAUGUGGGUUCUUUUUACCCUUAUGAAAUGGAGGUCCAAACAUGCAGGGGAUCAAAAGCUGUAGCAGCUAGGCUUGCACUUAAAGUUAGGAAAGCUGUUGAGGUUAAGAGAGUGGGAGGGCAUCAAGAGUGACACCUCUUAAGAGAGUGGGAAGUCCAGAAUUUUUUGAAAGCUGUCGACUUUGCAUGUUCGGACUCUCUUCUCGUUUUUCAAGAGCCUGAUUUUUUGGAUAGUGUCUAAAUGCUUAGUUUGUUCUUCGGUUUUUAUUGAAAUAUGAAAUUUUGUAGGAACCUAGCUAUAACAUAUAUGAUAUGAGAAGUGAGCAGAUUUGUUUGGGUUCUCCAGUUUCUUUUUGGCUAUUGAUUGAGGGCCAAUUCACACAAUUGUUAGUCUUGUGGGUAAGGUUGGAUGUGUAUACAUACAUCGAUGGACCUGCCACUCAAAUCAAUUAUUAAAAUAAUUUGUAAAAGCAAGUUAAGCAUUCUCAGUAUUAGGGGUAUGUUUCUUGCACUUUUGUCUGGGUUAUGAAAGGUGAUUACAUUAUUUUCUGGUGAAAAGGAGGAUGCUUUGUGCUGAAGCACAAGGGUUUGGGCUAACUUACUCAAUUGGGGUUUUUGGAUGAGUGUUGCAUGGCUAUUGGCAUAAGAGAAGGCCAAGUGUGUGAAAUUGAGGUUACUUUUCCAAAAUUCUAAUUGUCACAACAACUAAAGUUCAUACAUGCCUAACCUACAAGUGAAUUUACGUAUGCUAAUUUGGUUGGGUACAUCUUGCAAAUGCAUUUGUUAAGACAACGCGUUAGUUCCUUGUGGGGGAUAGCCAUAUCACUUAGUACUGUAAUGGACUUGAUGAAGCAAUGAACAAGCAGAUGUAGGUAGAUAUAUGAGGAGAGAAGGUUAAAGCGGAAUAAGUAGAGGAAAAAAGAUAAGAAAGAAUAUUGUAGGAAGCAAGGUUCACCAUUGCGGUACCAGACCCUAUACCGGUUAUAUCUUGGUACAGUGUCUGUAUGCCUGGUAUGGGGGUUAAUUCGGCAUACUGACACUUAGUACGCCCACCAUAUCAUGUAUAAUGUGCAUGGUACACACCUGUACCAAUUAACAUAGCAUACCAUGGUAGGAAGCAAUGAUGAAGGGGUUAAAAGCAUGGGGAAUAAAGAUAAAUGGAAGAAUCCCCGGGAGGACUACAGAAGAAGUGGGGGAAAAAAGACAAAAUAUUUUGGAUAGGGAUGAUCGAGAAAAUGGGGGGAAAAAUAAGAGGCAAAAUCACCUAAUAUAAAAUGUGAAAGGCUUUGAGACUACCUGCAUAAAGCCAUCCUCAGAGCCUGAAGCCUCACUAUAUGUGAUGUGCAUAAAAGCAAACAAAAAAUACAUCCCAAAAUCUAAAACGUUUCCCACUAGCAGGUCCCCAUUGAAAAAGACCUGCAUGUAAGGGAAAAAAAAACGAAAAGGAUAUUCAGUUCUUAAGUGAGAAGGAAGAAAAAAACAUUUUUCUAGGGACAAAAAGAUUUUGGAAACUGGAUUCUCUUUAGAAUCUGGAAUUCCCACUGACUUUUUCUCUUCUGAAAAUUUGAAACUUCCGAUCUGAUUCAGUCUCCUCACCUUUACUCAGCCAUACAUUUUAAUCUAUGUUUCUCUCUUUUUUGUGCACUGUGAAAUCUUGAAGUCCAAGGUCUUUGCUGCUGUGGGCCCUGCAUCCAUUCACAAGAGAGAAUAAACUGCAUGCAAAAAAAAAAAUGCCCCACUCCAGUUAUAUAUAUAAAGAAACAGAAAGGCCCAGAUGGGGAAGGAAAAGAAAAAAGAACAGUAAAAAUAUUUUGCUCAUGGUUAGCUAGUUGCUGAUGAGAGACUUUCAUUGACUGUUUCAUUAACUUUUUUCAAGUUUAUGAAUUCUUUUUUGUCUUUUUGUUCUGGAGAAUUUCUUGAGUAUGACAAAUCAGUUAAAAGAUUUGAGAAUUAAUCGCUGACUUUAUAUUAUCUAACAACUUAUCGCAUCCUUUAAAUUGGAGCUCCUCUCUUUUUCUCUUUUCUCUUCUAUCCAAUAUCAGUUAAGAAAACUUUACUUUUUUAAAUCCCUGAUCCCCCUCCUUCCUCCACAUAUCUUUUGAUUCCAACCCAUAGAAGAGGAGAAAACAGAUCUAUAACAGCCUAUAUUUUUUUUAAAAAAAAUCCUAAGUUUUUUACACUUCCUAUCAAGGUAUUCUGGUGGUUGCAAUUUCCAAAUUGUGCUAAAAAAUUACACAGUUUCUAGAAAGCAGCCAAAGUUGAAGUUCGCAAGGCAUGUGGAUUGUUAUGACAGGGAAUUUGUUUGUGCCAAAUAAGAGGUUGGCAUGGCAUUGGCAGAUGUAAGAGGAGACCUUGCAGCAUGUUGAUUCUAUUGCGUACUGCUCAGUCUGUUGGAAAUUUUGUAGAUUUUUCCUGUGUUAAAAUUCUUCUACUCUUUUGGGAGCAUUGGCUGUGCAUAGGUUGUGCUAAUGGAUCCACCUAAACCAAUGUAACUGAUAGCAAGAACCACAUGAAGAAUGUGUCUUACCACUGACACAGAGGAAACAUGAAGUUGUUUUCUUGAAUAUUCUUUGAAAACAGAAAUUUUGAAUCUUCUAAGGUCCAUUAUCUGCAUAUAAAAAUAGAUCCUUGGGUAUAGAGAGUUUCCAUCUGGUGUUAUCUGGGUUUAAGAAUGAAAACUUGCCAUUUGUGGAGAGUUCUGCAUGCUCUACAGCUAUUUGCUAAAGGUAGUCAUGUAGUAAAGCUAAUCAAUAAACUUUAAUUACAGUAUUUUUAUGCUUGUGUUUAUCUUAUUGCAAAUGUAAGUGACUUUUGGUGAUUGUAUUUUUUAGGUUUCUGCUCAGUUACCUGCUUUUACGUUAUUGGGGUUUAUACGUGGUUAUCUUAUAAUUCAGAUUGUUUAGUCUGGUGCUUGAAAUCGCUAGGAUUUUGAUGAUUGCGGGCUUUGAGUUGAAAGGGGUACAAGGAACAUAUAGUGGUGGAACUUAGACUAAAGUCAUGCCAUAUUAUAUAUUUAUCUUUCAUCAUUAUUAAUAGAAGAAAUAGAAGGCAAAUAGUUGGAAGAAGGUGACCAUUGUGCUCUCUAUGUAUAUAUGCAUGCAUGCAUGUACUAUUUAUUCUGUAAAUUUUAAUUUCUCUUGUUUUUUGACUGAUUCUGAAUAU